ACUUAUGCAUUUGGACUCAUAGCGAUGGGGAAGUUUAUUCUACGACUUCCGGCCGAGGUUCUGGAAGAGGAACUGCCGCGUCUACGAGCGACGCUGAUAUCGGCAUUGACAGAUGCAUCAGGCGCAUCUUCUCUCAUGGUUCGCGAAGCUGCGGCUGCUUCUAUCAUUGCCGCACAGCUAGUCCUCCGUGAUGAGGCGCAUCUUUUCGUCUUGCUCGACGGAUUGCCCGACGAUAAGAAGAAUCUCUUAACAUAUCUAUUUGACAAGCAUGGUUCACGGGGUUCUCCCCAGGCGGUUGGAGCGUCUGGCAUGGAGAAGCUGGCUCGAGAAAUGCGGCGGCUAGACAACCGUACCAACACGCCUCCACGGUCCCAGACAACUGUCGCCUAAUAAAUCGGUAUGUAUCGAGUCGUCGCUAGUCAUGUUCAUAUUGCUUUCCAUGCUCCUUUCCUGUAUUGUCUUCUAUACCCUUGUGAGCUUCAUGUUGUCACACGCAUUGCUACUCGUCCCUGCAUUUCUUAUUCGACUGUCAAUCAGAAGAGGUUCAUAUGAUAAUCACGAGGUGUACGCAAAUAUGAAUUAGGACACAAUCGUGUGUGAACA